AUGCACUGUCAGAUCCCCGACCGAGAACCGAAAACAAAGGUGUUCGGCCCGGGGCAGCAGCGCCACCGUGUCCCGGUACCCGGCAGCUCCCCACGGUGCCCCCGGCCUGGAGGCGGCGCUGCCCGGGACGACCGAGCCGGGCAGGGGGACCCCGGCCCCCCGCGCCGCCCCCCGGCCCGCAGCAGCGAGGGGACCCUCCCGCCGCAGGCUCUGCCUCAGCCCCGGCCCGGCCCCGCGGGUCGCGGGGGGUCCCGCACCGGCCCCGCCGUGACAGUCCCGGGACGCGCGGCGCCUCCGCGGGAAACUCCGAAAGUUGCAACGGGACCGGAGGGGUGGGCGGGACCGGAGGGACUGAAGGGACCGUGCCCGCGGCUGCGGGAGCAACGAUCCUCGCAACGCGCCCCGGAGCCGAGUGCCGGCAACAAGUGGCGGCGGGGCCCCGCCACCCUCUGCCCCCUGCCCGAGCCCCUCGGGGCGAAGCCGCGAGUCCCCGGUUACCGGGCACCGGGGCCGCCAGACCGGCCGGGGCGCUCCCGCCGCCGCGCUCCGGUGCGCCCGGUGCCGCCUUCCCCUCCCGCCCCAUUGUCCCCCGCCACCGCCGCGGACAACAAAGCCGCCCACGAGGAUGUGCCACGGCUCUGGCUCGGACGCCUCGGUCCCCCCCGGUCCAGCGCUCACCUGCGCCGCGGCGGGACGCGCCGUCCAGCGGGGCCGCGCCGCCGCUCGCCGCUGCCCGCGCCCCGGCCGGCCCCCGACAGCCCCGCGCUCCGGUUACAUGGCGCUUUAACCCUGCCCGUGCUGGGCAGCCCCUCCUCCUCCUCCUCCUCCUUCGCCGCCCCAUGGCGGGGGAGGGGAGCGCGGGGCCCGCACCGCCACCGCACCCGCCAGGCCCCCCAAGCCCAUCGGGCGCGCAGCCCUCGGGGCCCUGCAUUCCCCCGGGGCCCGCAUCCCUCGGGGCGCCAUAUCCUCCCCCGCCGCGAUUCCACAUCCCCCGGUGCCCCGAUGCGUCCCAUCCGCUGCCCCACGUCGGCUGGCACCACCGCCUAG